AUGGCAUUUCUCCAUCUUCCUUCAUCUCUCGCACUCAGAACUACUUGUCGCCCUGCAUUGAAAUCACUACCCAUCACUGCCUCGUCUCGACCAAUCCAAAAUUCAGCUAAAUUUGCCAACUGGGUCCUCGAUUUCCGAUCCAAAUCUUUGAAUUUAGCCUUCUCUGGGACUCUCGCACUUGGUCUAUCUCUCUCAGGAGUUGGAGUUGCUGAAGCAAAAGUUGGGGUUAACAAGCCAGAACUUCUUCCUAAAGAGUUUACUACUGUUAUAGAUGUGGCUGGGUUCCUUUCUGAUGGUCAGGAGAAAAGACUUGUACGGGAGAUUUCUGAUAUUGAAAAGGAUACUGGAUUCAAAUUAAGAGUUUUAGCUCAGAAUUAUCCUGAAACACCGGGAUUGGCAAUUAAAGAUUUUUGGCAAGUGGAUGAUAGAACUAUUGUCUUUGUUGCUGACCCCAACUUUGGAAAUAUAUUAAAUUUUAAUGUGGGCGGUUCAGUUGAUCUAGACAUUCCACGUAGCUUCUGGAGCCGUUUGGCAGGGAAAUACGGAAACAUUUUUUACUGGAAAGAGAAGGGGGAAGAUGCAUCUAUUGAAGCUGCAGUGAUGGCAAUCUCCAGUUGCUUGAAGGAGCCUGUGAGCCCAAAUAAUUGCUCUGAGGUGAAAUGA